AUGGACGGGCCGGACGAUCCUGAUCAGCAACAGGAUGCGGCAGGCAUGAAUGGUGAUGAACCACCUCCAGAUGAUACUUCUGGUAACACUCCUCCAGCGGCAUCCCCUACCGAUGACACGGCUGGUGAUGAGUUACCUUCUGAGGAACCUGCUGGGGAUCAGCCUUCAGCAACCACUCCUGUAGGUGACUCACCCGCCAGGCCAGAGCCUACUGCUGUUACUCCUGCUCAUCCCACGGAGGACGAUCCCGACGGCAACCAUGACGGCGAGGAUGACGAUGGUAUUGAUGAGUAUCUAGCCAUGGCGCUGAAGCGCCAAUCUAUGGUAAAUAUCAAGGAAAAUACGAUGGCAUUGGAGGAUUUCUUCAUUGGACUCGACUUUGACGAUAGUGAUAUGCAAAACUCUGCACCGGCAGAGGAUGACCUGCCGUUUAUCUACGAGGAUGGCAUUGUGCCAACUGAGGAGAACCCCAAUGACGACCCCAACAGCGGCGAUCCUGUUUUUGACCCCCCGAUGCCAACCCCGUCAACAGUAGCCCCUCUCAGGAAGGAGACAAACUGUCCCGGCGAAAGACUGCGGCUCGGAAUGCCGUCUCGCGGCUCGGAAUGCCGUCUCGCGGCUCGGAAUGCCGUCUCGCGGCUCGGAAUGCCGUCUCGCGGCUCGGAAUGCCGUCUCGCGGCUCGGAAUGCCGUCUCGCGGCUCGGAAUGCCGUCUCGCGGCUCGGAAUGCCGUCUCGCGGCAACGGCGCAGCCAGCAUUCUGUCGUGUCCUUUUCCAAUCCUUUGCCAAAGUCGUUGCCGUCAUUGAGUCAGUAAUUGUCGAAAUCGCCAUCAUCAGUGGAAAGCUGAUUGCAGCUGCGUUUGGCGUCCCCUUUAGCCACUUCUACCAUAAUGAUUUUAAAUUUGACUAUCAACCAAAAUUUUCCUCGACCAACAAGCCACCCAAUAUUUUCAACGUCGACAAUGGCGGAGCUGGCUGCGCGAAAUGUGGCAUUCACGCUGAUUUUUCCGUCGACGGUGUGCUUGCCUUUAGUAUCAAGGCUGGUGUCACCAAGGGCAGUGUGUCUUUAGUCAACAAGAAGGCCUUCACUAUCGAUGCUCAGUUUGGCAUCCAGGUGGAAUUACAGGCUGAAAAGUCGAUUGACUUGGUUAAAAAGCAGCUGGGUAGCCUGCCACUCAGCCCACUCACGAUCCCGGGCAUCAUCCUGCUUGGGCCGGAGGUUACAGUCAGCGCGGAGCUGGAGCUGACUCUGAACGGCCUGGCGAACUUGCUCAUCGGUGGGAGUCUGUCAGUUUCCGAGGGUCGAGCGGUUAUGGAUGCUGUCAAUUCGACACGAAACGAGCUUACCGGUCUCAAAGCAGAAUUUACGCCAGUCGCCAAGCUGAAUGGCACUAUCACUGCGUCGAUGCAGCUCGGCCUUCCCAUUGCCCUCGAGGUGGGCCUUGAUAUUCUGAACGGCAAGUGGAAGAAGUCUGUCGGGCUGGUGGAAAAGCCCAGCGACGCUUCUGCCACCGUGGCCAAGAAUGUGGAUAAGGCAUGCAGUAAUGGAGUCGAGAUUCGCGUCGGGGUGAAGAAUCAACUUUACCUUUCCGUACUCGAUUACUACGAGGUUCCCAUUCGGAACGACAUCAUCUAUGAGCGCGGCUUGGUCUGCAUCAGUUCUAAAGGUUUUAAUUUCCAGGAUGUUGGAGCCGGGACGGCGUUCAACCAGGCCAUCGCGGGAUCGCCAGGUCGUAAGGAUCAGAUCGCAGACAGCCAGCCCGAGUUUAGAAACGUCUCUCAGAGCCUGACUCCAAAGGUUGGCAAUACUGGUUAUCGCGUCAUCGUGGACCAUGGCCAGACGUCAAUUGUCGUGGCCGGCAAGGAUGGCGGCGUCUACCUCGUCGCAAGUGAUGAAAGGUACGACCUUAGCGCGCCUUGGGGAACGCUUGAUCUCAACUCCAACCUGGUCAACCUCGACGUCUUUGGGCGAAUCAUGUCAGUCAAUCUCUUUUUCGCAUUUCUUGGCCUGGCGGAUGUGCAGCUUGUCGAUCCGAAAUUCGUCCCUGAAGACAACAAAGUAGCGAGCCUGAACAUGGUCAAGGAGGAUAGCUCUGAAGAAUAUCAGGGUUAUGCCAUCGUCGUCGGGGAGCAAGAGAAGAAGCAGGACAAAGGCCAUCUCGUCAAGCCGGCCGGCAACCAGAAACGCCAAGAUGCCUUUAAGAGGCUUCUUACAAGCGAAAAAAUCGGUGUCGUUGACCCUUCCAAGGACUGUCGAACCGUCCGCCUGACCUCAAAGCCUUCUUGA